CAGAGUGCAGAUCAGUAUUCAGUAGAUGCUCAUAGCCGAAGCCAAUAGUAAAUUUAUCAUUCACUUUCACAUGUGACAACUCAUUCCCAAAAAACAGAGAAUCAAGCCAUCCAAACAUUCUAUUCUGAACAAAGAAGAAGAACAUUUGUUUUUUAGUUUGUCAUUAUUGAUUCAUAAUAUGUAAAAGAGGCGAUCUAAAAUUUUCUGAUCUCUGUGUGGAAAGAAGGCAAGGUUAAGAUGUUGAAGUUCCUCACAGCCGUCUUCCUAUUGUUUUCAACUAUCAAAUGUACUUACGCGGUUAUAGUGACAGUGGACGCGCAAAGCAAGGAAUGUUUUUUCGAGUACACGACCAACGGCUCGAAAAUUAACUUUGUGUUUGAGGUUAUGGAAGGCGGUUUCAACGACAUCGAUGUUGACGUGUUUUACGGCAGGGGAAAUAUCAACAUCUAUCACGCCGAACGCCAGGAGCGGGGCUGGUAUUUGAUAAAUGCAGAAAAAAGUGGAUACUAUCAUUACUGUUUUGACAACAAAAUGUCAACCGUCACUCCGAAAAUUGUCAAAUUCGAUUUCAGCAUUCUUCCGCCCGCUAGUGAGAAGAAUUCGAAAGACAUCGAGGAAGAAGGGAUUGAGUAUGAGAAGAAAAGAGAGAAACAUAUUCUACAAUUGGGUCUCAAUGAUUUGGAACAACGGUUGUCUUCCGUGAAAUUGGCUCAGGAGUACAUAAACGUGGCCGCUAACCAACAUUUUCGAAUCAACACUAAUACCAAUGAGUAUGUGUCGUUCUGGGUUGUGUUUCAGUCGCUGGUCGCUGUCAUACUGACUGUGUCUCAGGUACAUUUCUUGACUAAGUUCUUGGAAGUACGCCGAUGGGCUUGAACUCAACUGAUUGUUCCAAAUCCUUCUAAUAAAGUUAGUUCAUCACAAAAUUUAUGUUUAUAAUAAAAUAAGUUUUAGUAUAUAAUUUGUAUUUGUAUAAUUUUCUACCGAUGUGGUUUAAUACCAGUGUAACUGUUGCGCAAGCUGUGUUAUUGCGAAACUUCUUUGAAUAAAGCAAAUUGAUCACAGAAUGAGUGUUUUUGCCAAUGAUAAAGUUUUGGAUAUAACUGGAUAGGGUAAGGUAAUUGAUAUUUUUGCCUGUCAACGUUGAUUUGAAAUAAAACCGCUAAAUUAAAUAAUUUUUACUAAAA